UAGACAUAUUAAGACCCAUACGAGGAAGGAAGGGUCCCUCUUCACCUAAGCAAUGGAAUCACCCUUCAUCGGCCAUCUCCAAGAACAACCUACAUGGGUCCUUCUACUCUCAUUUCUGGGGUUCCUUUCUCUCCUCCAAACUUCCAUAACUCUUCUCAAAUGGGCCUACGCCGCCUUCCUCCGGCCAGGGAAGGACCUCAAGGCCUACGGCUCGUGGGCACUGGUCACCGGAGCCACCGACGGCAUCGGGAAGGCCUUCGCCUUCCAGCUAGCCCAUGAAGGACUCAACCUAGUCCUCAUUGGUAGAAACCCAAGCAAGCUUCGACGGGUCUCCGGCGAGAUAAAGGCCAGGCAUCCCUGCACCGAGAUCAAACUGGUCGUCAUGGAUUUGGCCGGCGAUUUAUCGGAUGGGAUUCGACGUCUCGAAGAGGAGAUCAGAGAGUUGGAGGUCGGGAUCUUGGUGAACAACGCCGGCAUGACGUACCCACAGUUCAUGUACUUCCAUGAGGUGGAGGAGGAGCUGUGGGAAGGUAUCGUGAAGGUGAACAUGGAGGCGACGACGAGGGUCACACAGGCCGUCCUUCCGGGGAUGAUGAAGAGGAGGAGAGGCGCAGUUGUUUGUAUUGGCUCAGCAUCUUCCGUGGUGGUGCCUUCGUUUCCUCUCGCUGCUGUGUAUGCUGCUACUAAAGCGCUGUUACGCCCCCGCCUGCGCAAAACAUAUGGGGGCAACAUGAGGGAGAAAUACGGGGCUCUCCUGCCAGAUAUUGUUCGGUUCCGGGGCUUCACGCAAGCCCGUCUGUGCAAGGCACGUGCCUGGAGGAUUAGAAGACACCCAUCUCAUAUGCUCAGGCUCUGAACGAGUCUUUUCGAUGUGGAACUAUUGAGUCUCACACAGAUCUUAUUUAUAUCCGGAUGCAUCAUCUUAGAAUCUAACUGUUGUGAUUGGCUGCAUGCACGACGUGGUGAUGCAUACAAUAUUGAUAAUAAUUUCAGCUAUAGAUUUUUAAAAAUAUCCGCUACUGAUUUUGUCUGCCUGUAAUGACGUAUCCUCUGCCUCGACAACAGAAAGUAGGAGAUAAAUUUUCUUGCUUGUAUAUGAUUAUUAAAGUUCGUGAUGAGCAGUGAAGUAGUUGGGGAGUUAUGGAUGGCAUGGCAAGUCGUCCAGUGGAGCAGGCAAAUUAACUUUCUCAUUUAUUGUCGCGUGUCGGCCCUGGAAAGUUUCAGGCUGCGUGCAACUGGGCCAUAUUAUGAUGUUUCAUUUAUUCAGCAUUAAGUAGUAGGAUAAGGCCAGAUUUACCACAGAUCUAAAUGAAUCUAGUAUCUAGAUAGAGUUGAGUGCCAAACGAGGUUGAGGGUAGCUUUCCAACGAGAUUUGCUUUUGGAAUUUUUUUUUUUU